UCUGGUGGAAAUCCCCCUACUCUCUUUCCGUCGAAGCGCGGCGGCUGCUUCCCUUCGACUCGGAGUCCAUGGCUUCGACGCAAACAAAGAAGAAAUAUAAGAAGCCUGUUGUUUCCGAGCAGAAUAAAUCGGAGGAGUCCAUCCUCAUGACUAUGGCCGAGGAGAAAGAGAAGAAGAAAAAGCCCGGCAACGAGAUCGACGAGAUCUUCCAAGGAAAGAAGGCCAAGAAGCCAAAAGAACCCAAUGAAUCGAAGGAAGGGAAGCCUUCAGGGACUUCCGAAUUAAAGAAGAAGGCGAAGGAGAAGAAGGGAGCAAGGGAGGAGGGCAAUAGUAAUAAUAAAAGGAAUAAGAAGAGGGGGGUAACCGUGGUGGAGGAGGGUCCCGGGGCUAAGGCGAAGCGAAGGAGGACGGCCGAGGGUCUCGCCAUCUACACCGAAGAAGAGCUGGGCAUCGGGAAUCGUGAUGCCGGGGGUACCCCUCUCUGCCCUUUCGACUGUUCUUGCUGCUUCUGAUCGUUUCUGGAAGUGAAAGAAGGAAUACAUUCUUGUAAGUUUUCAAUUUGGUCUUGAGGGUUUUGUUGUUUUUGUCUUCUUUCUUGAUUAUCUAGGUAAUUUUCCGGGGUAAUUCGCUGAAUUGUAUGAAUUUGGUGUUCUAAUCUUAAAAGAAUUUUAUUAUUUGCCUAGCAUCCACUGUGAUAUGGAAAUAUCAAAGGUUCAAAUGAAAGGCGAUAAAUUUUUGAGUAAACAA